GGUGGUGCUAUGGCCUUGAAAUGACCAUGCAAUUAUCCUUGGAGGACUUGCAUAGUAUAAUGGAGGAAAUAAUACUUCUGGAAGAUACCAGACUUCGAAUAACAGUAGAAGGAAGACCACCAACAUGCUUCCUAUGUGGCAAAAAGGGGCACAUGAAAGCAAGAUGUCCUGAGAAGGAAAACGAAGAGGAGAAGAAAAAUGAAGAAGGCAAUACCGAAGAGGUAGUACCAAUAAAAGAGACAGAUAGAGUGGAGGAAUCCGUCACAGUAGUAAACAGGAGGAAGAGAAAGGAAUGGGUGAGCUCUCCCCCAGACAGUGAAAAAAGGUUAAAAGAGAAGGAGACAGAAGAAAAGAGAAAUAGGUGCGAAGCACCAACAGAAGCAGUAUUGAAAGAAGGCACACAGAAAGAAACAGCAUUACAACAGAUGAAAAGAGGAAGCGUUUAUGAUGUUGGUUAUGAUGUUUCUGCAUGCCCAGACAGAUCAGGAUGGGAGCGGAAGCAAACAGAAGUGAAAAGGAAGAGAUAUAAGUGGCAUUUGGUCACGUAUACCAAAAGUAUAGAAAUAGAGAAAAAGAUUGUAAAAUGUAAAUCGGUAAUAAGAGUAAGGCUGCCGCCAGGAAAAUACCCGGAAAAGGCUAAAGGAAUAGUCAUAGAUAGAGAGAGUUUUGAGAAAUUGAGAGAAAUGUUUGGAAGUUACGUGGACCCACUGGGGGUUGAAGUCGAGUUUGACGAGCUCCCACCUGUCAUGGAAUUAGAUGAUUUGAAACACUUUAUGAACAUUUAAAAGCGAGUGAGUAAAAUUUGUUUCAUACAAAA